UAUCUUUUACGCCCUUUUUUUAUGUCAACAACUAGGGAAAGAUGUCACGCUAUCGGAGCAGUAACACUCCAUUAGACUGCAAGGUGUAUGUUGGCGACCUGAGUAGCAACGCCACAACACAUGAGCUGGAGCAGGUGUUUGGCUACUAUGGUCCACUGCGCAACGUCUGGGUAGCACGAAACCCACCCGGAUUUGCCUUCGCUGAGUUUGAAGACACCAGAGAUGCUGAGGAUGCGGUAAAUGCACUUGAUGGAAGGACUGUGUGCGGCUCACGAGUGAGGGUGGAGCUGUCAACCGGCCGGAGUCGCUCCCGCUUUCCUCCGCCGUCGAUGCGCCGACCGUACGAUCCAAACGACCGCUGCUACGAGUGUGGCGAGAGAGGGCAUUACGCAUACGACUGUAAUCGCUCUGGAGGGCGGCGACCACGUCGCUCUCGCUCACGGUCCCGAUCUCGCUCGGCCUCCAGGGGGCGCCGCCACUCUCGCUCGCACAGCGCAAGCAGGAGUCCCCGACGCGAUAGGCGUGAUAGCCGCCGCAAGCACUCGCCAAGCCGAUCCAGGAGUCCAUCUCCACGGCGAGGAGCGUCCGUGUCGCCACAGAGAGAGAAGUGAAUGCCAGUUGGACAACCGCCAUCGGUGUCAAGAAGAGAGUCAUGGCUUGUUGUUUAAAUUGACAGUAAAAAAGUUAGGCGUCCUGCGAUGGCAGUGUGCGCUGCCAUGUGGCCGCGUUUGAAUCCCUGUUGUAAUUAGCCGAGUGAUGUUUUAGGGUGAUGAGGACAUUCGUGUCGUAUCGUGCGAGAUGUUUUAGUCACAUCUUUUAUUUUUCAUGUGUUAUUAAGCAGACACAUGCUCCCCAGUGUAUGGGAGGGGAGGGAGUUUUACCUUGAGCUCUGCUCACGCACACACAAGGCAGUGCAUCAGAAAUGGAAAUUCAGUGUUAGCUGCGUAAAUACGGUGUCGUGGAAUAGCAGGAGUGUACGUUUUUGGUUUCUUCGCGUGUCUAGUGAAACUCGAAUUACAUUGUAUGUUUUGAGCAGCAAUGCAUGACAGUAUGCCAACUGCAAUGCCUCGUCACUAUAUCUGCACAUUUUCGUGAAAGUUCUGUCAAUGGAAUUACUUUCUUAUUCUCGUCAGCUGAGUUUUGCAUAGCUCUAUUUUAUUAGCUAGUAGUCGAGAUAAUAUUUAAUGACAGAUGGCAGUAUUCCUGUGCUGCAGCAGGCAAAAUUAGUAUUAGUCAUAAUUGCAGUAGAACUAAGUGACAUGGAGUAGAAUCAACAUUGCAAAUUAGUGAGAUCAUAUGUUUGGUCAUUCAUGAUAAUCUAUCACCUGGUUGUCACAGACUGUAUCCACGAAAACCUGCAAGCAUUUGUAAAAUUUCAUGUAUGAACUUCGAUUCUUAAUAAAAAUUUAUUUGUUUAAUAGCA